AUGCUCUCCGGGGCGCCGCCGCCGCCCGCCGGCUUCCCCAGCCCGCCGCCGCCGCAGCCGCCGCCGCCGCCGCCGCCCGCCGCUCCCCCGCACGGGCCGCCGCCGUUCCCGGGGAAGGGCGGCCUGCAGAUCCGGAAGAAUGCCAUCACGGACGACUACAAGGUCACCACGCAAGUGCUGGGGCUCGGCAUCAACGGGAAAGUUUUGGAGAUCUUCAGUAAGAAGAGCGGCGAGAAGUUCGCGCUCAAGAUGCUGCAGGACUGCCCCAAAGCCCGCAGGGAAGUGGAGCUGCACUGGCGAGCGUCGCAGUGCGCGCACAUCGUCCGCAUCAUGGACGUCUACGAGAACCUCUACCAGGGCAGGAAGUGCCUGCUCAUCGUCAUGGAGUGCUUGGAUGGCGGGGAGCUCUUCAGCCGGAUUCAGGACAGGGGAGACCAGGCCUUCACAGAGCGGGAGGCUUCAGAGAUCAUGAAGAGCAUUGGGGAAGCCAUCCAGUACCUGCACUCGAUCAACAUCGCGCACCGGGACGUGAAGCCGGAAAACCUCCUGUACACCUCCAAGAGGCCCAACGCUGUGCUGAAACUCACCGACUUCGGCUUCGCCAAGGAAACCACCACGCACAACUCCCUGGCCACCCCGUGCUACACGCCCUACUACGUGGCCCCAGAGGUGCUGGGCCCAGAGAAGUAUGACAAGUCCUGUGACAUGUGGUCCCUCGGUGUCAUCAUGUACAUUCUGCUGUGCGGGUACCCCCCCUUCUACUCCAACCACGGCCUGGCCAUCUCUCCUGGCAUGAAGAAGCGAAUCCGAAUGGGCCAGUACGAGUUCCCCAAUCCUGAAUGGUCCGAAGUGUCAGAGGAAGUGAAGCAGCUGAUCCGCAACCUGCUGAAGACAGACCCGACCCAGCGCAUGACGAUAACGGAGUUCAUGAACCACCCCUGGAUCAUGCAAUCCAUGCAGGUGCCCCAGACCCCGCUGCACACCAGCCGUGUGCUGAAGGAGGAGAAGGACCUGUGGGAGGAUGUGAAGGAGGAGAUGACCAGUGCUCUGGCCACCAUGAGAGUGGACUACGAACAAAUCAAGAUCAAGAAAAUCGAGGAUUCCUCGAACCCGUUGCUGAUGAAGAGGAGGAAGAAAGCCAACCCCCCCGAGCCCGCCGCGCUCCCCCACUGAGGGCCCCCGCGCCCGCCGGCCCUCGAGAAAGCAAUAACUAUAUAUAUAUAUUUUUAAAAAAAAAAAAAGACAAAAAGAAACAGACUGUUCUAUCGAGCGCAUGGAAUUCAGACAUUUAUACCAGACUAGUUAUUUUUAGCUACUCACCUGUGUUUCUGACCUUUCUGGAGCAGGUGGUAAGAGCCCCCCUGAGAUCCACACCUGCAGCCAGGGAUUUUUGUCCUGUAGGUGAACGCCGCCAAUAAUUGGAUUUUUAUUUUUCUUUUGUGAAACAGUUUUGAUUUAUAUAUAUAUAUUUUUUUUUUCUCCUUCCUUCCAAAGACAUGGAAACUCCUGUGGUGACCUUUUUAGGGUAUAUAACGUAUAAAUAUUUUUUAAAAACUACUGUAGAGCUGAAACCCAGACAGUGUUCCCUGUGUGGAUGCUGGCUAGAGACGGGCUCCAGGCUUGGGAGCGGGGCAGGGAAGGAGAGCUGCCCUCCCCCCUGUCCUGCUGGCAUGAGGGGGGGUCCCUGUGGCCACCAGAACUGCUGCUGUUAAAGCACAGGAGCCAAAAAGCAGCGCCCCACCCCUCCCUGAGCUGAGCUGGAGCCUGGAUCUGCCUGGCAGCGCCGUCCGUCUGUCCGUGCGUGGGGUGUGUGUCGUGUCCCUGAGCCUGGAGCUGCUCGUGGCUCCCCCUCCGUGGCCUGGACCUGUGCCUGGAACACAGCUCUGACCUCAGGGGUGGGCAGGGGGUGGGCAGGAGCUCCUGCAGCCCCAGCCCUGCAGGGAUGUGUUACAGGUGUGUCCCCCCUGACCCCAUGCCCAGCCCCGGGGAGGUGCUGCCCUGGGGACAAGUGGGUGGCAGGAGAGGGGUGGAGGUGGCACAGCUUGAGCCAGGAUGGCAGCGCUGACCCCUCCCUGGCUGGGGCUGGGGGAGCUGCUGCCCCCCCAGUGUGGCUCCUGCUGGGAGCAGGGCGGCUGCUCUGAAGUCUUUAGUCCAUGAAUUAUUAUUAUUAUUAUUAUUAUUUGUCACGAUGUUUCACUUCGUUAAAUGUGUUUGAAUGGGGAAAAACAACUUUUUAAGGCAAUGUUUAGUUUUUAGGCAAUCUUUUAGACACUGUAUGGAAUUUUAAUUUGUUUUGAAAACCGGUUUUUAUCCCUUUUUUUUUUUCCUUUUUUUUUAAUUAUUUUUGUCUGUUGGCUUAUACUAAUCUUCCCGGUCUGCUCUUCGGUCCUUUGGAUUAAAGACACUUCAAGCGUCA